AUGGAAACGAAACUUUUCAUUAGGGCAAUUGAUAUAAGAACUCUUGGGUCUCUCAGUAGAGAUGAUCUUAGGAAAAUCUGUGGUGAUAAUUAUCCUGAAUGGAUAUCAUUCCCUGUCUAUGAACAGAUAUGUGCAAAAUGGUUGAACAAGCAAUUGAGAAAAUUAUGGCCUUUUGUUGCAGAGGCAGCAUCAGCUGUUAUCAAAGAAUCUGUUGAACCGAUCUUGGAAGAAUACCGACCUACAGGAGUUAAUUCACUGAAGUUCAGCAAAUUGUCCCUUGGAACUAUAGCUCCGAAGAUUGAAGGUAUUCGUGUGCAGAGCGUUAAGAAAGGUCAAGUCACGAUGGAUAUUGAUUUUCGGUGGGGUGGUGAUCCAAAUAUCGUUAUAGAGGUUGAUACUCAUGUUGCUUCAAUACCAAUUCAGUUGAAGGAUUUUCAGUUUUUCUCCAAUGUUCGAAUCAUUUUCCAACUUACUGUUAAGAUGCCUUGUAUUUCAGCACUCGUCGUGGCUCUUCUUUCUGAGCCAAAACCUAGAAUUGAUUACACUCUGAAGGCUGUUGGUGGAAGCUUAACCGGAAUUCCUGGAAUUUCAGACAUUAUGGAUGAAUUCAGAAGAAUCAAGCAAUGA